AUGGACUCGGUCUUCGAGUGGCAGCCUAACAGGUUUCUGCAGGACCAGCAAAGCCAGAAUUUUGCUCUCCUGGUGCUCAAUCAGCCUCUCAAGAAUGGCAGCAACCUGCGCAAGCUCUGGAGAAAUUCGUCUCUCCGCAUAGCGGCUGAUGGAGGCGCCAAUCGUCUUCACGAGCUCUCGUCAUUUCAAGGCAAAUUUUCAAACCUACAAGUCAUCAUCGGUGAUCUUGAUUCGUUGAGACCAUCGGUUCACAACUUUUACACCUCGCAGCACACCCCUGCUCAAAUCAUCAAAGAUGCCGACCAAUACUCCACCGACUUUGGCAAGGCCAUCACUUGGAUCCGCAAGACGCAGCCUCCCGGGACCGAUAUCAUCGCCCUAGGCGGCAUCGGCGGGCGAAUCGACCAAGGCCUCAGCCAGCUCCACCACCUUUACCUCUUCCAAUCCGACCCCGCGUAUGCAGAUGGCCGCAUCUAUCUUCUCUCAGGGUCCAGCUUGACGUUCCUCCUCAAGACCGGCACGCAUCGCAUCCAGGUCAAAGAGGACGGCGAGGAAGAGGUGUUUGGCAAGCACGUCGGAAUCAUCCCGCUCAAGGAGCCGAGCCACAUCACAACCAAAGGCCUGGAGUGGGACGUGACUGACUGGGAAACGCAGAUGGGCGGCAAGCUCAGCACCAGCAACCACGUUCUCCCAGAAACAAAGAUUGUCGAGGUCCAAACGACCAAAGACGUCCUCUUCACGAUAGCACUUAGCAAUCUCGAUGGCGAGGAAGACGGCUAG